CAUGGCUCGGUCGCCGGCGAGCUCCUGCGUGUCCUCCGACGAGGAGGAGGCCGCCGCGGCCAAGGCGAUGGUGGUGGCGGGGUGCCCCCGGUGCCUCAUGUACGUGAUGCUCUCGUCGGAGCCGCCCCGGUGCCCCCGCUGCAACAGCCCCGUGCUCCUGCAAUUCCUCCACGGCGCCGACACCAACACGAACGCCGCCGCCGCCGCCGACGCCAACACCAACACCAACAGGCAGGACAGCAAGAGCUAGCCUGCCUGCCUGCUUGCUCGCUACUCCUUUCUUACCCCCUGUAGCCGUGAUGAUCUGCAUGGAAAUUUCAGGUCCUAGUAGUAAGUAGCUAGCUUUCAGAGCGUUUGCAAUGCGGAUUGUGACCAGUCACCAUGUGUCUGGAUGAUUGGAUCGGAUUGCACGACUAUUUCUGCUCUGAUUUGAUUCUAGUAUUAAAGAUGGGUUCAUGACCAAUCAACCUCCAGCUAGCUCCUUUUCUGAAAAAAAAACCUCCAGCUAGCUAUAGCAGUAUAGCCAGCCCGGAUGGUGAGGGAAUGAUCAAAGUAAGGGUGGCAUAUUACGAAUUUA